UACAGUUGAGGUCUGCAUGUUAUUUGAGCUAGAGAGAAGGAAGGGGCAAACUUGAGACUUGGGAAGGACUGGCUCGGACUAGGAGAUCUGUGAGCUUUUUAAAGAAAUCAGGAGAUCCCUGAGGUGUGUGUGUGUUGGGUGUGUGUAUUUGUUUGUGGGAAAGCUGUAAGAACUUUGUUAAAGGCAUUACUUCCCCAAAAGUGACUCAUCCACAGCUGCCAGUGUCCAGUCAGGUGUUUUUAUUCACAGGAGGAAUGCUGAAACAUUGCCUCACGUUUGGCCGUUCCCUUUUGAGGAGGAAAAAUGUGGACCAGGACUGUCUUGAGGAGUCCAAGCUGUGCCGUUGCCUCUCCACUGUUGAUCUCAUUGCCCUCGGGGUGGGAAGUACACUUGGGGCCGGUGUCUAUGUGCUCGCUGGGGAGGUUGCCAAGGGCAAUUCUGGCCCCAGCAUUGUGGUGUCCUUCCUUAUAGCUGCACUAGCAUCUGUCAUGGCCGGCCUUUGCUAUGCCGAGUUUGGUGCGCGAGUACCAAAGACGGGCUCGGCCUAUCUGUACAGUUAUGUGACAGUGGGGGAGCUCUGGGCAUUCAUUACUGGAUGGAACCUCAUUCUGUCAUAUGUAAUAGGGACGUCUAGUGUGGCACGGGCCUGGAGUGGGACUUUUGAUGAGCUCAUAGGGGGCCACAUUGAGAAGUUCUGCAAAAUGUACUUCAAAAUGAGCUUGCCUGGCCUAGCAGAGUACCCUGAUUUCUUUGCAGUUUGCCUGAUCUUACUUCUGUCAGGUCUUCUGUCCUUCGGGGUGAAAGAGUCAGCUUGGGUCAACAAAAUCUUCACAGCUGUAAACGUGCUUGUGCUUAUGUUUGUUAUUAUAUCUGGUUUCGUAAAAGGAGACUCACUCAACUGGAAUCUGUCAGAAGAAUCUCUAAUAAAUGCCACAAUUGUCAGAAGGAACCUCUCACAUUCGGCUAAUGUUACCAGUGAUUAUGGUGCAGGGGGCUUUUUGCCUUAUGGCUUUAGUGGGACACUGGCUGGGGCAGCCACAUGCUUUUAUGCCUUUGUGGGAUUUGACUGCAUUGCAACCACAGGUGAGGAGGUGAAGAACCCCCAGAGGGCCAUUCCCAUUGGUAUAGUCGUCUCCCUGCUGGUCUGCUUCCUUGCCUACUUUGGAGUGUCUGCGGCCCUCACACUUAUGAUGCCGUACUACCUGUUGGAUGAGAAGAGUCCCCUGCCUAUGGCUUUUGAAUAUGUGGGCUGGGGACCGGCGAAAUAUGUAGUGGCAGCAGGAUCGCUUUGCGCUCUAUCAACCAGUCUGCUGGGCUCCAUUUUCCCAAUGCCGCGUGUAAUCUAUGCUAUGGCACAGGAUGGGGUGCUUUUCAAAGUGUUAGCCCAAAUCAAUCCUAAGACGAAGACCCCACUUAUUGCCACAAUGUCUUCCGGUGUAGUUGCAGCUAUCAUGGCUUUCCUGUUUGACUUGAAAGCAUUGGUGGACAUGAUGUCUAUUGGAACCUUGCUGGCAUACUCCUUAGUAGCUGCAUGUGUUCUUAUCCUUAGAUAUCAGCCGGAUGCUGCGUUUGAGAGGUCUAGGAUCAGUGAAGGGAAGAAAGAGGUAGGUGAAUCUGAACUGACGGAGUCUGAGUCUCACCUCAACAUGCUAAAGGAUGGAGGUGUAACCCUACGCUCUCUCCUCAACCCUCCUUUGCUGCCCACUGAACAGACCUCAGCAGCCGUCAAUGUGUCUGUUAUUAUCAUAGUGCUUGUUGUGUGUGUUGUAAGCACACUCAACACAUACUAUGGACAAGCCAUUGUUGCCAUGGAGCCAUGGGCCCUGGGGGUUUUAGCAUCAUCCUUGUUCAUCUUUAUUACGUGCAUCUUUUUGGUUUGCAGACAACCUCAGACGAGGAAGAAAGUUUCAUUUAUGGUUCCUCUGUUGCCCUAUCUACCCAUUUUGAGUAUAUUUGUCAAUGUCUAUCUCAUGGUUCAGCUUAGUGGAGACACAUGGAUCCGUUUCUCCAUCUGGAUGGCAAUAGGUUUCCUCAUCUAUUUUGGUUAUGGGAUCUGGCAUAGUGCUGAACGCAAGAGGCAUCUACAGAACUGUGGUGGUGUGAUGGAGAAAAAGAAGCUGACAGUAAAUGAAGGCAAUGUGGAGUAUUUGAUUAACAUGGAGAAGACUAGCCCAUGUUAAAGACGGGCAGACAUAGUCUCACAGUAACUGGCUGUUAUCCACAGAAUUCACCAACCUGCUUACAGACCGAGCUCUGUGUUUACAGUUCUGCCUUAAAGUCACUGCCAUCAUGAACAAUGUUGUAUCACUGUAGCUCUCAGUGCUGAUGCUCUCGCAUGUGCUGUGAUCAGGUCAUGUAGUAUGACAUCAGGGGUGUAAAUGAACUGAUGCGCACUGAUCUGACAAUGAUUAUCGAUCUGACAAUGAAAAUUCAAUGCAUUAUAGAUUUAGUUCAUUGAUUGACUCAAUUGCUAAUAAUUACAUCACAUUACAAUGUAAUAUGCAUUCAUUUCUUAUCAAAAUAACAUUUUUGACCACUACAGGUUGAAUUGUCCCAUAAUUUAGCAUAUACUUGAAAAUAAUAAGAAACUGUAUCAAAACAAUAACAAUGAACCAAUCCAAACUGUGACCAAAAUUCAGAUUCUUCUUCUUAGAAAUUUAGCAGUACAUUGUGUCAUUUAAUAAACAAUCAGUAUCAAAUUGAAUUGUUGUCAGAAAAAAUAUUUGCACCCCUAUAACUCAUACGUCUGUCUAUGAGCAAUUUGCAUUGAAAUGUGUUUGGAGGAGAAAGGGAAAACUUAUUCACAAAACAUACUUGAUUUUCUAAUGAGUAAAAGUAUUAAGAUUUCCACAGAAAGGUUUACGUCUACUGUUAGUUAGUUAAAUAAUAAUACUAAUAUUAAAGAUUAAAAAAAAAAAAAAAAAAAACAUUUUUAGAACAUAGCCUUUAUACUUAGUUCUAAAAAUGGGAAAAAAUUGUGGUAAUUUGGCAUUAUCAAAUAACUGUGAAACAUUGAUUAGAUUUUGGAAAAGCUAUGCAGUGCAGAUAUUGGCGAAUGCCCAACAUCACAGAAUAGCUACGUCCUUUAUUGUUUUUUUUUAAAUCACCUCGUGUUUACUUCUCAGUUAUAGAAUUAAUUCAAUUGACUAGAUCUUAUUUUAAGUGCCAGAGAUAUUAAGUUGCUCAUGUAACACUACUUGUAACUUGUAUUCUGAUUAUUCUGCUUUUUGUCUUCACUCUGUAACUCUACAUAUUACAUGUGUUUCUGAAUUUCUGACAGGUAUAUUCUGUAAUGUUCAGUGUUCAUAGGUCAACCUGUUUUACGCAACCGAAAGGUCUGAUGAUCUUGAUGAGGAAGAAGUUAUGUAAUGAAUGUUUUAAAAAGUCAUGUUGUAAAAUUAUCCAUUGUUCACUUUGUUUUCUUUUAAGAAUUUUUUUUUUUUUUUUAACUCUUCAAUGAGUAGGCUAUUAGCUCAUUUUUUUAGAAACUUGUUUGAUAAACAGUUUGAACCAUCAACAAGUUUGUGCACAUGGUUUUACGUCUUCAAAAGUUAGAAACUGUUGGCUUGCACUCCAGUAUUCUGUUACCAUCUCAGUCUACACUUCAUGGUUCACUGUUGUCAACGACUAUUUUUUUGAUCCACUAGUGAUGCUAGAAUACAGAGGUGGUCUAACUUGAACCUGAGCAUUUGAAAAUGUUUCUUAAGUCUACAAGUUCUGAAGUGUUUGUUUGCUCAAAAUGCUCAAAUGAGAGUCAUAGAUUGCAGUGCAGUUGAAUCAUGGAAGGCAGGAUUUUUGGAUUUGUGCACAUUUACAAAGUAUGUUUUGUGUGUCAUUAUGAAAAUGUACAUCAAUUGUUAUAUUACAGAGGUCAUUGUAUAGUGCAUUUUAAUGAUUAUGCCAUUAUCAUAACAUUGCAAAUUGGUUGCAUACAAACCAAUAAAAGAUUUCUCACCUCC